AUGAAGAACCAUUUGUUUUUCUGGGGAGUCCUGGCCAUUUUUGUUCAGGCUGUUCUUGUGACAGCCGGAGAUGAAGGUGAAAGGAUUGUUCUGGCUGACAACAAAUGUAAGUGUGUCCGGGUUACUUCCAGGAUCAUCCCCUCUCCUGAAAAUCCUAAUGAAGACAUUCUGGAGAGACACAUCAGAAUUAUUAUUCCUGUGAACAGCAGAGAGAAUAUCUCUGAUCCCACCUCACCAGUGAGAACCAAAUUUGUGUACCAUUUAUCCGACCUCUGUAAAAAAUGUGAUCCUGUAGAAGUGGAGCUGGAUAAUCAAGUAGUUACUGCCUCCCAGAGCAAUAUCUGUGAUGAAGAAAGUGAGACCUGCUACGCUUAUGACAGGAACAAGUGCUACACAAAUAGGGUCCCACUUACCUAUGGUGGUCAGACCAAAAUAGUGGAAACAGCCUUGACCCCAGAUUCCUGCUAUCCUGACUAA